AGCUAGUAGAUGCACGACCAGGGCACCUAGCGGUAAAGAACCCUUGUCCACUGGCGCCCGCCUGCAAGUUUUUCUCUUUUAACGGGUUGAUCGGCGACUAAUUAACGGGCUGCCGUUCUAGUUUAUUAAAAAACGACUUUGGCCCUCUCUCGAAUAUGGACGUUCUCUUAUUUUGGACAUUCUCUCCUGCCCGUGGUAGUAAUUCCUAUGGGAGCGGCUGGGGCAGAUGCUCACAUUCGAGUUACACGAAGUCCGCGAAGGAAGCAAAGCUGUAUACGAACCAAACCUCUCUACAUUUCUCACCCGUUACUGAUAUAAAGCUCGCAAGGUCGUUAGCAGCUUUGGGGGCAUACCACUCUACAUACAAUAAUGCGUACGUGCCACAUGCAGCACGGUCUUCUUUGCAGAUUAGAGGCGGGAGUCACGCAUCCGUUACGGGAUUUCAUUCUUGCGACAAGACUUGGACAGAGACCUUUCGGACCCCAUCGGAAUACGCCACUGCCAAAGGGGGGAUUCUCAGCCUAAGGAUAAGCCGGCCGCAUCUGCCUUGGAUCAAGUUGAUCAACAAGUUGCAGUUGACCGUUUGGCGAUUGGCGGCAACUCGGCGCCGGCCACCAUCGAGUUACUCGUAUGGGGUCCGUGACAGGUCGCAAAGGUUUUGCGCUAGCUAACACGAUGCAUGUCAAUGCACAUGCGGGACCGUCCUUAGCGGUUGGACACUACUGUAGUAGACGCUGGGGGCGUAAUGUGGUAUGAGCGUGAGAGAGGACGGGAAUAGCCUUGUGUCGUAGUAGUACUGCACAUGUAGCUGCGGCGUAAGAUGGGGGGUGACCGGAGAUACAGUGCCUAAACAGGAUAUAACAAUGAGUUGGCUUGCAUCGAGAAUAUGCUUUCAGAGAUCAACGAGACAUAUCACCUACAUUUACUUGUAUGAUAGGUUGUUUGCCUGCUUGCCUCGGUAUUUUGGUAGGAUAAUGAAUGAGAUGAUGAUGUUUCGGUUAUAAGGAGAUAUAUAUGAAACUAAAUAUCAUCUAUGUAUUAGACUCGUUCAUAUCUAUCAUACUGUACAUGUAGAUAUCUAUCCUGAAGAUAUACUUACAUAAAUACCUAGCCUUAUGUAUGUACUUACGAUAUUUGCAUACGUACAUACACUACAGCCUCUUACAUCACCUGAG